CGAAAACCCUAGCUCUGAAAUUUCGCACUCGUUCCAGCUAAUUGCAGCCGUCGGAAGAACAAGCAGUGACGCAAAACAGCCAUGGGGAAAGUUCACGGAUCUUUGGCUCGUGCCGGUAAGGUGAGAGGACAGACACCAAAGGUAGCGAAGCAAGACAAGAAGAAGAAACCCAGGGGACGUGCCCACAAGCGUCUCCAGCAUAAUCGCCGUUUCGUUACCGCUGUUGUUGGUUUCGGUAAGAAGAGAGGACCCAACUCUUCUGAGAAGUAGAAGAAGAAGAAGGAUAACUUAUAAAAGCUUCUCAUAAUGGGAGUUUAACUCGAAAUGCCCCUCCCUCUCCAUUAGAAAU